AACAGUGCACAGUACAUCCCCGCGAGCAAUGCCUAUCCGUUUCUAAUGAAUCCCGGAACGACAGAUACCACAGCGCCAGUUGGUGGAUUAAGUGCCGGUGGUUCACUUACUCAUGGUGCGGCUCCGCGACCUCCCACUCGGCAUCGAUUUCAGUCGGCAGCAACUUCAACCGGGGCUGGGACCACUGCCAGUUCGAUGUAUGGAAGUUUCAAAUCGGAACGCCAUCCAUCGUUGGCCGGAACUCAGUCCACAGCCAGUGAGGAUGAUCUGAUGUUUGAAGAUUUCGCCCGACUUCGGUUACAGUCCGUCACGGGAUCUCGAAAAGCGCAACCGAGUGUAUUCUGA